UCACUGUUUGGUUUGCAUGCGCUCUUGAAGCUCCGUACGAUUGUGGAGGAUGUGUAGAGCCGUAAUGCCACCUCCAGUAUACGUGAGUCUAGUGGUCAGUUUGGAGUACAAGUGACCGUUCGGACGUUCAAUACCUUCUAAACGAUGACAUGGAAUAUUGUGUGUAAAAGCUGAAGAAGCUUGGACCAGAAUGGGCCAUUUGUGGACCCGUCUCUUCAGGCAUCGGGAUGUACGCAUUCUCCUGCUAGGACUUGACUGUGCAGGUAAAACCACCAUCCUGUACAAGUUAAAGCUGGACGAGCUUGUCACCACCAUUCCUACAAUAGGUUUCAAUGUGGAGACAAUCCAGUACCGAGACAUCAACUUCACCGCAUGGGAUAUUGGCAGCAGAGACAAAAUCCGUCCAUUGUUCCGCCACUACUACAAAGGCACAGAUGCUGUGGUGUUCGUGAUAGACAGCCAUGACCGGGAACGCCUUGACGAACUUAAUUAUGAUGUCAUCAAGCCCGCUGUGGCAGCUGACGAACUUUCCAACGCUGUGUUCCUGUUUCUGGCCAACAAGAUUGAUUUGGAGAACACCAUGACAGUCGAUGAAAUAUCUGACAAACUUGGACUAAAAAACCUUCGACACCCUUGGAACAUAAUGCCAGUCAGUGCAGUGAAAGGCGAUGGAUUGUACACUGCCUUGGAUUGGUUAGCAUGUAAACUAGGCUCCGCCCAGGCCCGUAAAGCAUUGGCCACGCCCAUGCCUCCCCCUGAGGUGGCCACCCCGGAAGGCACGGAGACACUGGAACAUGGAAUGGACUAUUGUUCACGGGCGUACAGUGCUAUUAAGUGCCUAUUUCUGAGGACAAACCACACUGAGGGGGGUCGGGAGUCACCGUGACGGGUCAGGGAUCCCUCUUAUGUGUGUCUCUGUGAGGACAAGUGUAACGCCUUUACUAGUUUUAGCCCCAGAGAGUCUUUGUGUAACCAACCUUCCAACAUGGUGCCGAUAUAUAUAAACAUCUGAUCAACAGAGUGUCUUUUCACAGGCUGUCUGGACGUCAAGAUGGAUUGUUAAAAACAUUUUAUUUAAUUGGUCAUGGAUGUUUGCAGCAAUAGAUGACGGUGAUUCUCUUGAUUGUCUGUUAAAGUAUCUAUUUACUGAGUUACCGACUAUUUGCCCAUCAGGCUUCUCUGGUAACCAUGGUCACACUGUACAAAGUGAUCUUAACUUUGUCAUAAUGAUUUACAAUCAUCUUAGCUUCGUAACUGGCGUGAGACAGGUUUGAGUGUGAGAGUUACAAUCAACUUAGCUCUGUGACUGUCAUAAGACAGGUUUGAGUGUGAGAGUUACAAUCAACUUAGCUCUGUGACUGUCAUAAGACAGGUUUGAGUGUGAGAGUUACAAUCAACUUAGCUCUGUGACUGUCAUAAGACAGGUUUAAGUGUGAGAGUUACAAUCAACUUAGUUCUGUGACUGUCAUAAGACAGGUUUAAGUGUGAGAGUUACAAUCAGCACGGUAAAAUGUCUCUCUGUAAAUGACCCAGGGUUCCCUUGCAACAAGCUCUACUUCACCCAAUGGCUAUGAUUGUUAUAGCUUGUGCUGGGAUUGCUCUGUGCCAGUAGGAAGAUCAAGACAGAUUGUGUUGCCUCCCCUGUGUAAUCCACUGCCCUGUCGAUAGCAGCACUUCUCCUGGUCGGUACAUAUGGUCAUGCAUUUUAUAUAUGGCGUGCACUGAUGAAUUAUUUUUGUAACAAUAUCCAUAUAUUGUACAGAAUGCAGUUUCUGGACAAAAACUCUUUGUUGUCAAUGACUGAACACACCGACACCUGCAGACUGAAGCAGACUGGAAAUAUGGAGGAUUGGGAACAAAGCAAUAUACUUACCAACAAAAGAAACACAACACUCAUUGUCCCUGCUGUGAUAUUGCUGGAAUAUUGCUAAAAGCAGUGUAAACCACACACAUUCAUUCACUGCUUGGGAGAAUAGUCAGGAUGCAACAUUUUCCUGAAUAUUUUGGUAUGGCUUACAUCAGAAUGGGUUAUUGUAGUAGCCACGUGGUUACAGUGUUUGCCCAUCGCACCUAAAGAAAGGGUUUGAUUUCCUUCAUCAGUAUCAGCGUGAUACUUUUUUAAUAAUGUUCACAGCCAUGAUAAUGCUUGCAUAUUUCUGUAUGUCAUGCUCACUCACUGUUCAACAAAUACUGACAGCCAACGGUGUAUGGUGUCGAGUUGUCUACCUUGGCUGUGACUGGAUCUGUUGAUCUUUGGUUAAUGAACCAUAUUUUUUGCUUUCCAAACAUGGUACAAACAUCCUCAACUUUCUCCCACGUUAACUUGACAACCAACACUACACCCUAUAGUAUUUCAGGCGUGAUUCAGUGGGAUACAACUCAAAAAUAUGCAUAAAGUAUUCAUACAAACUUACAAAAUGGGACAUUUUGGCCUUUCAGAUAUGUUGCUGUCCUUUCCUGCUUCAGUAUAUGUACUGCAGUAAAUCUGACCGUAGAACAAACAAAUAAACUGAACAUGAGAAGAUAAUAUAUGUAAAUACUUUGGUUAUACAGAUGAUAUACUGUUCAUAGACAUUAAAUCUAACUGUCAGCACAGGACACAGUGGGUAUAUUUUACAAGUGCUUCAUUCAGAAUAUAUAUUUGCUGCAGGCCUGUUUUACCCCAUGAGGUCUUCAAUAGUCUGAUGAAUUAAAUGGGUUUUAUCAUCAGUGGUGCUCCAGACUUUAUAUGAUGCCUUGUUAAUAUGUGAUACAGAUAUAUUUAAUACAAUAUAUCAGCGUGUUUGUCUUUUACAAUCACACUAAUUUCUGAUUCAGGCUGAAGUUUGGUCUUUUGAUCAUGCCCUAUAUUUUGCACAAUGCAAGAAAGGAAAAUAGAGGUACUGUGUUUGAUUCAAGAUAUGGUUAGCAGCAUCAUAUUGUUAAUAUUGUUAUUAUUUCAUGGUUUUGCAGGAAGCGUUUUUAGAUAAUUUUCCACCUCUAUCUUAGACUCUUGUCUGAGAAAAUCUGUGAGAUAAAAACCAUGAUAAUUGUGACUUAAAAUGACAGACAUUGGUAUAAAAGGAUCACUGAAUAUAUGAUAUACAAGGUUUCACAGUCCACGACACAGAGCGCUGGAUGACGUAGGUAGAAGCAUUUGCCCUGUAUACUCUACAUUGUCCAUCAUGGCCAACUGUUGUGUUGUGACAGUUAUUGGGGCUAGUGGACACAAGCUUCAGGUGCUAUAUAAUGUGUGUCAUAUUCUUGCCAGGAUCUGCAUCUUGUGGGUUUCAGUGCUAGACUUAACCAAGAGGUAAAUUACUUUGACCUUAACCCUUCAUAUCUUCAAACUCGUGUACUUGCUGCUAUUCUUUCUGUAAAUUGAAACAUAACAUCAACGUCGGAAAAAUAGAUCAAGCUUACAAUGUAACAGUUUUAAAUUUUAUUGUAUAAAGGUCAAAUUCUAAAGGUCCCUAAUGAGGAAUCAGGUUAUUGUACAGGGGGCCGUUGUACACAGCGAUCUUAGAGCUACGGUAAGUAAGAUGGUAGAUCCCAUACCUCAGCAUGACUCCGACAGUCGUAGCUCUAUGUUUGCUGUGUAUAAUGGCAUCCUGAUAGAUUUCACUGGCACAGGUAGCGAUUAACAAGGACACAUCAUUGGAAUGUUCAAUGUGCAUAUUAUUAUAACUAUGUGAUUAUUUCAGUGUAAAUCACAGUGUAUAGUUUUUAUACAUUUUUAAUUUAUCAUAACUAUGUCAUCACUGCUGCUGCCAUGACUCUGCUGGAGGCAAAUGCUACUUAAAAUGUCCUAACAUCGGUGCCAUGUUCAACACUCUCUUACGGUGUGAGUUUCACUUGCUGUAUAAUGUGUUUUAAAUUGUUGUUAUACUUUAUCUGUUAUUUCUGGUGUUUUUAUUAAGGACCUUACACAAAGUUACCCCCUACCAACAAUUUGAAAAAAAAUUGUUUGUAAAUGAAACCGUUUUGAAAUUGGACUGGUAUUAUGACACCAUUUUUAGUAGGACACUGUUUAAAUGGAUGUGUUUUUUUUUAUUUAUGUUUUAAAGCUUUAACUCACUAUCACCACUGUACAUGCCAUUGUAAAUUAUUUCUUAUUUUGUACCAUAGUUAUCAAGUUUGUAUUGAUAAUUAUAGGCUUUUUCUGAAGAUUAUUAUUUCAUAGAUUAUGAAGAGAAAGUUUAUGCCUUUUUGUACUAAAGAGGCCUCGUUCUGGUGCUUAUAUCUACAUAUACAUAUUACACUAAUGUUUUGAUUCUUUGGUCUUAACUACUGGAUUGAAAUUGGGUUUACCUUUCAAGGUUUGUCAAAUACUGUUUUAGCAGGGUGGGAACAAAAUUAUUUAAUUUUCUUUUUAUAAGCUGUUUUUAGUAUUUGCAAAUGUAGCUUGAAGCAAAUCCAAGCUUUUGUUUAUUUUAUACAUGACCACUAUUCCUAUGUUUAUGUUGAUCUCAGACGUUUGGUUUCCGCUAAUUCCAUGUUUACACAUUAAUCAAUUUUGAAACAUUUAUGAGAAAAUGACAUU